ACACAUAAAGAUGACGUUGGAGGAGUAAGAUGGCGGCGGACGUACUAAGAUGCCUCUGAAGAAGUAAGCUCAUUAAAGGAGGAGUAAGAUGGCGGCGGGCGGAUGGUCUGAGCGCGUUCUGCAGCUGAUCCUAAAAAUGAAUAGUCUGCAGCGGGAAGGCUGUGUACCCUUCUGCGUGUGCGGCCGGAGGGUGGGCUGGGUGGCCCCAUCCGUGGCCCAGCUCCUCUCAAAGCACUCGGAUGUGUUCACAUUUCGUGGCGGGGCCCCUGGUCGGCUGGAUCUGGCUGAAAACCUGAAGACCCCCCAGGAGAGGACUGCGGCCGUACAGGAGACGAUGCGGGCUCUGCGCUCUCACCACGUGGCCCCCUGUCUCCAAGAGUGGAGGGACGAGCUCUAUGACGUGAAGCAUCUGUUUGGCGACGUUCCCCUCCUCAGCAUGGAGAGAGCUGCCACUCCUCUCCUUGGGGUGCCACGUUAUGGGGUACACGUAAACGGGUACCUCCGUAAAGGUGACGAAAUCUUCAUGUGGCUCGGCCGUCGCUCUGCCAGCAAACCCUCCUACCCGGGCAUGUUGGACCAUCUGGCAGCGGGUGGCGUGGCGGCCGGCGCUGGCGUCUGGGAGACCCUUCUCAAGGAGUGCACAGAGGAGGCCUGCAUCCCACCAUCCCUCGCGGCCACGGCUAGGUCCGCUGGAACGGUCAGCUACGCGUACAGACAGGAGGAGGCGCUGUAUCUUGAGUGCCAGUUCGUGUUUGAUCUGGAGGUUCCCGAGAACUUCCAGCCACUGGUGGGAGACGGAGAAGUUCAGGAAUUCUACCUGUGGCCCUUGGCCAAGGUGAAGGAGGCCAUUUCCACGGAGGAAUUCAAACCCAACUGCGCGCUCGUCGUCUUAGACUUUCUCCUGCGACACGGAGGCAUCAACCCCGACGAUGAGAGGUAUUACCAGACGUUUGUGGAGAACCUGCAUGCGCCUCUGUGAUUUGCAACAUCAACAAAGAUGCCACGGGGGCUCCAAGUGCCCCCCCGGGGUUUGUUCGGAGAUGAAGUGGCCAGCCGUGGGGUAUUUAGUGACUCGUACUGCCCUCUAAACACUUACCUGCCCUCCUUACGUAAAGACACGGCCCGCACGCCCUCAAAUAAAACGGUCUUUGUAACCAU